AUGUCAUUGAAGCCCAAAAACGAGUAUCGCAAGUCCAUUGAAGACUACCAAACUACAGCACCUGUACAGCGUAGAAUUGGUCUCUACUGGAUUCUGGCCACAUUGAGAGUAGCCCUUACUUUUGCUCCACAAACCGGGUACAUUCAUCCUGAUGAGUUCUUUCAGUCUAUCGAAGUUAUCUCUGGAGACCAUUUUGAUAUUGACAUCCACAAACCAUGGGAAUUCAACGCUACCUUUCCAAUACGUUCUCCAUUUAUUCCUCAAAUUGUUGUUGGUUUUCCUUAUGCAAUUCUCAAAAGAUUGUCUCCAUAUACAUUUCACUUCCUGGGAUUGUCAUUGAGGUCACCAUAUUUCUUUGUGCUCUUUCCCCGGCUUUUUAUGUGUGCGCUCUCCUUCCUGUCGGAUUAUUUUCUGUACAAGAUAUGCUACAUGUACGGGCAGAACUACAGAGUCAGACUAGUCACGUACGCCAGCUCCUAUGUAAUGCUCACCUAUGCCACCCGUACGCUGUCCAACUCGAUCGAACUGGUGCUAACCGCCGCGCUGUUGUACUUUGUUUCCCGCUGCAUGGUGUACUCGGAUAAAGUGAUGUUGCAGAAUGAUUACCUCUCCAUGAAGUACAACAAUGCGACGACCCCAAUAGAGCGAGUCAAGUACUAUAAGCUCAAGGCGAUGUUGCCCUCGCAUUCUUUGAACGACUGUUUUGCACUAGCCACGAUAACAGUGAUAGGGAUAUUUAACAGGCCGACUUUCGUCGCGUUUGCUCUCGUUCCGAUCUUCUUCUGGCUGCACAGAGGACUGAACUCGCAGAGCGUCGGCUUUAAAGACUUCCACAUCAGAAUGCUCGUCUUUAUUCUCUGUGGAUUGCCGGCCGUGCUAUUUUUUAUUCUGGUUGACAGUUUCUACUUUGGAUACUUGACUGUAGCCGAGAUAAGCCACUUUGAGAUCGGAAUCAACAAUUUUGUGGUGACGCCAGUCAAUUUCCUCAAGUACAACGUGAACACAAAAAAUUUGGAGUUACAUGGACUGCAUCCCCGUUUCCUGCACUUCUUAGUGAAUGUUCCGCUGCUGUUUAGCAUUCUGGGGAUCAUCGGAUUACUGACGUUCGCGAAAAUGAUACACAGCGGAUUGAAGGGGCAAUGGCUGCAUUUACCACGCCUGCAGAGCAUCGUAGGCCUGAUGACAUUUACGUUUAUCGGUCCGGUCGCUCUGCUGUCUCUCUUCCCCCAUCAGGAACCCCGAUUUAUAAUUCCGGUGCUUUUCCCGCUGGUGUUUCUCUAUGCGCCCGAGCUGAGUCAAGUUCCCAAUCUGGAUAUCGUAGAUAUUCAGAUAUCAGAUCAAAGAUACGAUAACGAAAACAACGGUAAUGUCAAACCGACGACGAGGCACAAGUCUAGAAAACUGAUCCUCUGGUACAUCAGCAACUUACUGCUGGCCUUCUUCUACGCUUUCGCGCAUCAGGGCGGAAUUCUGCCACUCACGUCCCACGUCAUGACGGAGCUAAAAGCCAAACCACAUCUCACUCACGUGCAUUUGUACACCUCGUACAGUUACUCGCUGCCCACGGCGUUGUUACAGCUGCGCAACACCCGCAGGAUCUACCGCAGCAGUAGCAAUCACAAGUAUAAACUGACGCAGGACUUUCACUUGUACGAGCAAGGUUCCAAACCUCUGCCGUGGGUGAUUGACAGCAUUGCUUGGAGGAUCAGGGAUUGCGAGGAGAAGUUCACUGUAAAGAGAAUUCCCUACAGACUGUAUUACGCGCUACCGGCCUCGGCGACGAACAAGUUCACGGAGUUAUCGCGCAAUAAUUCGUAUCCAUUUAGGUUUCACAUAGUCAAGACUUUCUAUCCUCAUAUCUCCGUCGAAAAAUUGCCAUCGUUGCAUUUACUCGAUAGACUGAGGUAUUUGUUAAGUUUGCAAGGUAACAGCAUUUUUAGCAGUAUCGUUGCAGUUGCGAAGGAUGUUAAUGAAUAUAUCGAACAGUUUAGAUUAAUAUUGCUAAAGAUUGAGUACUUAGUGCCUGAAUCAAAACAAAAUAGGCGCAAUAAAUGAAUAAAUUGAAGAAAAUGGUUAAUAAUUAUAUUAUAAUCAUUUCUUAAAUUAACUCGAAAAUUUGUAUUAUUUCUACACUUCUAAGAUGUGCAACAUAAUAGUAAUAUUAUAAAUAGUAAUAAUUAUUUGAUGAUUUAUGGUGUAUAAUUAUAUUAAAGUUAACUAGUCAAAGAAACUAAUCAACGCGAAGAAAACAAAGAGUAUUAAAUUAAAAGAUAUAAAAAAAUUUACAAUAUUAUAUAGUAAAUAAAUAUUAUAUAUUUGUGUUCGAAGAAAAUGUUAUUUAGCGACAUUUGUAUAAUUUUUGUAACUUUUUAUACG